CGCUAGUGAUUUGUUGUAACCGGAAAUAAAACCGAAGAGAAGAAGAAGACUCUUGUUUAUUUCCUGUCUGGAUUGAUGACGUUCCACUGAUACUCUCAACUACAGUUUAAUUCAGGGCACAAGAUUUAAAAGAAGGUGAGAGGCAGCUUUCUGUCACCAGACCUGCUGACUUACUAAGACGCUGAGUUGGGGGGAUUCCCUCCACCACAUUCUGCUGCAAUAUAUAAAUCUUUUUACUCGUCAUCAUGGUGCUUGCUGACUUAGGAAGGAAGAUCACCUCUGCGCUGAGGUCACUCAGCAAUGCCACUAUCAUCAAUGAAGAGGUGUUGAAUGCAAUGCUGAAGGAGGUGUGUGCAGCCCUUCUUGAAGCUGAUGUGAACAUCAAACUGGUCAAACAGUUGAGAGAGAAUGUGAAGUCUGCCAUAGAUCUGGAGGAGAUGGCCUCGGGCUUGAACAAGAGGAGAAUGAUUCAGCAUGCUGUCUUCAAGGAGCUCGUCAAGCUGGUGGACCCUGGUGUGAAGGCAUGGACUCCAACCAAAGGCAAAAACAAUGUCAUCAUGUUUGUAGGUCUUCAAGGCAGUGGAAAAACCACCACCUGUUCUAAGUUGGCUUACUAUUACCAGAGGAAAGGCUGGAAGACCAGUCUGAUUUGCGCUGACACCUUUAGAGCAGGUGCCUUCGAUCAGCUCAAACAGAACGCUACCAAAGCCAGAAUACCUUUUUAUGGCAGUUACACGGAGAUGGAUCCUGUGGUAAUUGCUGCAGAGGGUGUAGAAAAAUUCAAAACAGAAAACUUUGAGAUCAUCAUCGUGGACACAAGUGGACGGCACAAACAGGAGGACUCUUUGUUUGAGGAAAUGUUACAAGUAUCCAAUGCUGUGCAACCAGACAACAUUGUGUAUGUGAUGGACGCAUCAAUUGGUCAGGCCUGCGAGUCUCAGGCUAAAGCCUUCAAAGACAAGGUGGACAUUGCAUCAGUCAUCGUUACCAAACUUGACGGACAUGCCAAAGGAGGAGGUGCUUUGAGCGCUGUGGCAGCAACCAGGAGUCCCAUUAUCUUUAUCGGAACAGGCGAACACAUUGACGACUUCGAGCCAUUUAAGACACAACCUUUUAUUAGCAAACUGCUAGGUAUGGGAGAUAUUGAAGGACUGAUCGACAGAGUCAACGAGCUGAAACUGGAUGAUAAUGAGGAGCUGAUUGACAAACUUAAGCAUGGUCAAUUCACACUCAGGGACAUGUAUGAGCAGUUUCAGAACAUUAUGAAGAUGGGACCUUUUGGACAGAUUAUGGGAAUGAUUCCAGGGUUUGGAACAGAUUUUAUGAGUAAAGGAAACGAACAGGAGUCGAUGUCAAGGCUGAAAAAACUGAUGACCAUCAUGGACAGUAUGAAUGACCAAGAACUGGACAGUAAAGAUGGAGCAAAGCUUUUUAGUAAACAGCCAAACAGGAUCCAGAGGGUCGCCCGGGGGUCAGGAGUCGCUACCCGUGACGUUCAGGAGCUGCUGACACAAUACACCAAGUUUGCUCAGAUGGUGAAGAAGAUGGGUGGAAUCAAAGGCCUGUUCAAGGGGGGAGACAUGUCAAAGAACGUGAACCCCUCACAGAUGGCAAAACUGAACCAGCAGAUGGCAAAGAUGAUGGACCCACGAGUUCUGCACCACAUGGGUGGGAUGGCGGGUCUGCAGUCAAUGAUGCGUCAGUUUCAACAAGGUGCGGCUGGGAACAUGAAAGGCAUGUUGGGAUUCAACAACAUGUGACCUCCUACUCUAACCAGCUGCCUUAUUUAAACAUGUGGUAGCUCUGCCUCCUGUCAGAAGGAGAGGAGUAGGCAGAGCUGGAGAUGUGACCUCCGACUGUAGAACAGCGUUUCCUGAACACGUAAACAAUGACAAAGCAUGAGACAGAUGAGGUCAUAAAGAUGACAAAGCAAAUGUUGUAUCUGAGGUUCGUUUUUGAUUAUUGUAAAGCUGCUGAGGAUUAUACUUUCAAUCAGUUAACAUAUAUAUUUGGUAAAUUAGUUUUAUGGUCAAAGUCAAUUUUUUUUUCUUAAAACUGCAGACACAUUUUUUUUCUCUUUAAUUUUACCUGAUUCCAGUCCAAAAAAUUAAGUGUGAGGUUACACAGCAGAAAGUAACAGGUUGUGAAAUUUAAACAUUCAAACUGCUCCAGGAGGAUCUAAUUUUGUCAGUCUAAAUAAAUCCUUAAAAGUGACGGUAAAGCUCCUGAACCAAACUAGGACUUGGCAGAAAAAACAAAAAAAAAAAAUCAUCACAAAAUCUUAACUCUAUAUUAAAUAUUUCUUCUGUCAAAUUUACUUGUCAUUAAUCAAAAUGUUCCCAUUUUCCCCACUUGUUUCAUCUGGUUUUGUUACAGUUAUUUAAUUUAAAAAAUCUAAUGCUACAAGUUGAAAAUAUAACUUUUAGAGAGAAGAUGUCGCCUGAUUGAAUGAGCUGAGGGUGAAGCACACGUGUAAGUGACAGUGUUUUCAUCAAAAAAAAUAAACAUUUUUAACAUUUUAAA